UUGCGGAUUGACCGAAUCUGCAUUUGAGUGUAGCAGUUCGCGGUGCAACACGUUUUGUUUAAACUGUACGGCAUUCAGAAUAGCGCAAUGUUGUCUUCUGGAAGAAGGAUAAUAUUUACCGGGUUAAAGCAACACAGGUUACAAAUAACUGCGAGAAGUAUAUCAGUUCAGAAUGAACCGAUUUAUGACUUUACUCCUGGAUCAAAAGAAAGACAAGAUGUUUUGGAUGCUUUGAAAUUAGUUGAAUCUCGUGUUGAAGACAUACCUAUUGUUAUUGGCGGUGAACAUGUUAAAACAAACGACAUUCAUUAUCAAGUCUCGCCUUAUAACCACAAGCAAAAGAUUGCAAAGUUUUGUUAUGCUUCUUCUGACCUCAUAAACAAAGCUAUUGAAAACUGUCUUUCUGUUCGGGCUGAAUGGGAAAGAAAACCAGUUGAAGAUAGGGUUCAAAUAUUUUUGAAAGCAGCUGAUAAAAUUGCUGGAGAAAAAAGAGCAGAAGUGUUGGCUACUACAAUGGCAGGACAGGGUAAAAGUAUCAUACAAGCAGAGAUUGAUGCCGGUCCGGAGUUGGUGGAUUUCUUCAGAUUUAAUGCAAAAUAUGCCCUGGAUAUGGUUCAAGAACAACCUAUUAGUCCAAGUCCAGAUGUAUAUACGAAUACCACAGAAUACAGGGGCCUUGAAGGAUUUGUUGCUGCUAUAUCACCUUUCAACUUCACAGCAAUUGGGGGAAACUUAGCUGGAAGUCCUGCAAUGAUGGGAAACGUUGUACUGUGGAAACCAAGUGACACAGCUAUGUUGUCAAACUGGACUGUUUACAAAAUAUUAGAAGAGUGUGGACUACCUCCUGGUGUUAUACAGUUCUUGCCUGCUGAUGGACCAAUCUUUGGUGACACAAUUACGGCUUCUGAGCAUCUCGCUGGCAUGAAUUUUACAGGGAGUGUCCCGACAUUCAGUCGUUUGUGGAAGCAAGUUGGAGAAAAUCUUCACAAAUACAGAACAUUUCCAAGGCUGGGAGGUGAAUGUGGAGGAAAAAAUUUCCAUUUCAUAAAAUCUGGAGAUCUUGAAAACAUUGUCAAUGGAACUAUCCGUUCAGCUUUUGAAUACAGUGGUCAAAAAUGUUCUGCAUGUUCUCGGGCCUAUAUUGCUGAAUCUAUGUGGCCAAAAGUAAAAGAAGCUCUUGUUGAGGCACAGAAGAAAUUAAAAAUAGGGAAUCCAUCAGAUCUCAGUGUUUUCAGCUCAGCCGUGAUCGAUGGAAACUCGUUUGAGAGAAUUCGUUCUUAUCUUGAGCACGCUCAUCAAUCACCUGAUAUUGAAGUAUUAGCAGGCGGAACUUGUGACGAUUCAAAAGGUUAUUUUGUGCAACCUACAAUUCUUCUGUCUAAAAAUCCAGAUGAAAAACUCAUGAAAGAGGAAAUUUUUGGGCCUGUUCUCACAUGUUAUGUUUACAAAGACUCCGAUUACAAAGAUGUUUUAAAGUUAAUUGAUAGUACUUCACCAUAUGCUCUAACCGGAUCUAUAUUUUGCGACGAUGAAACUGUUAUUGAUGAGGCAAAAGAAGUGUUGCGUAAUGCUACUGGAAACUUGUAUAUAAAUGAUAAAUCAACAGGAUCCGUCGUUGCACAGCAAUGGUUCGGGGGAGCGAGGAAAUCUGGCACCAAUGACAAGCCCGGUGGUCCAUAUUAUCUUGUCAAAUGGGUGUCACCUGUUGUUGUGAAACGAACCUUUCAACCAUUGAAAGAUUGGUCUUAUCCAUCCAUGGUGGCCGGAAGAUAAUGAAUUAACGUUGUUUCAAUAUAAUUGUACCGUUAUCAAUCCAACUUCCGAAGAGCAAUAUUUAUUCAAUAUAAAAGUUUCAGAUUUUAUUCUUUCUAAUGAAAUUAUAGAAGCUAUGUCAACAAAA